AUGCAGACGGCCGACGCGGCACGCGCCGCAUUCGCCGUGUUGCAAGCUGCAUUGGCGACGCGUGGUCGUGGUGUUCCUGCUGCUGCUCUCCCUCGCAAUCUUCCUCCUCAUGCUCCCCGCCUUGUGGCUCGCUCACGCCUGGUCUUUACCGAGCUCCCCCCGUGGCAUUUCCCCGUGGCGCUGCUGAAGCUGCUUGACGAGCGCCACUCCCGGCAGAAUUCCGCGCAUAGGGGGAAGCAGCGCGGCGGCCUGGGGAAAAUGCACGCGGUGGUGUAUAGCGCGGGCUGCAAGGCGUUAGUUCCAGCUGCUGUUGCGGCCAACAGACGGCAGCGCAUGGGUAGGCUCAGGCGGAUCGGAGCGGCUAAGAGUGUUGAGGAUAUGGAAGCUGAUUUUGUCGUUGAAGACACAAAAAGGGCGAACGAGAUGGUCGGUGUUUAUACACGAGAGAUAGAGCAAGCGUCCGAGGGAUUGUCGAUGCGUGUGGAUGUGCUGAGAGCGCAUGAGGACGUGUGCCGGUUCAUAGGGCAGGGGGAGGAGGAUCUGAGGCGCGGGGGAGUUGAGGAUAAGAUGGUGGGGAAGGAUGGGUGGGAGAGCUGGAAAUGGCGCACCAAACUGGUCAUGGAUUUUAUCUAUGUGGCGAGACAAUGCCUCGCCACCCGACCCAAGUAUGUUCUGCUGCUGCAGGACGAUACUCUGCCUGCCAAGCUGUAUGAUGUUGGGAUUGAGAGGUUUGUGAAAGAGGAUCUGACCCAUAAGAGCUGGGGAGUGGUAUCGCUGUACAACCCCCAGUCAUACAACUGGGGACACCAGCAUGGGGAUGAGUAUUCUGUGCCAUGCUGUGCCCAGGCACUCCUUUUCAACGUGACUGCGUUGGAAGGUAUGCUGCAGUACAUGGAGGAGCACUUGAUGGAGACAAACAUGGAUCUUCUCGUGAACAAGUACCUGAAUGUGUCAGGCAUCAAGGGGUACGUCCACGUGCCUUCCCUGUUUCAACACCUAGUGGCGGUGCUGCGAGCGCUGGCCAAGGAGUGGGGCCGCGGGUUCAACUACUCGCGCGCGUGGUCGUCGAAGCAGCCGCCGAAGCGCUGCAUGGCGUACCCCGGGAUCAUCUGCAACGACAAGGGUAUCAUCAUCGGACUGAACGUGAGCAACACCAACAUCAACGGCACGAUCAAGGGAGUCAGCGCCCUCACCGCGCUCGCCUUGCUCGACAUGAGUCAGAACCCCAUCAAGGACGUGGCUCCCCUCGCGCCCCUCACCAACCUCGUCUACCUCAAUCUAGAGGCAUUGGACAUCGAAAAGGCACCCAACGCACUCGGCAACCUGGGCUUGCUCAAGCACCUGAACCUGAAUCAGAACUAUCUUUCUACUCCAAUCCCACCCUUGGUCACCGCCCUAACCGCCCUUACCCACCUGGACCUUGGGUUCAACGACUUCAGCGGGUCUCUCCCACCAGGCUUUGGGAACCUGAAGAACCUCAAGAAGCUAGUGUUGUCGCACGGUGGAGAUGCUCUGGGUGGCAAACUGCCCCCCUCCUUCUCCUCUCUCACCAACCUUCGGGAACUGUACAUGAACGACAAUGCCUUUGGGGGCAGCAUCCCUGCAUACAUCGGAAGCUUCCUCUCCCUCUCCUACCUCCGGCUGAGCAACAACAUGUUCUCGGGGAAAAUUCCCAAGGAGCUCUCGCGUCUCAAGAGCCUGCAGUUCCUGGGCCUGCGCUACAACUGGCUGACAGGGUCCAUCCCCGCAGCCCUCGCAUCCCUCUCCCAACUCACCUACCUGUCGCUGAACUACAACAAGCUGAGUGGAAGCAUCCCAGAGCAGCUGACCCGCCUGGCCAACAUCCAGAGCAUCAACCUCGAGAGCAACUACCUGUCCGGGACUCUCCCCAACAUCGAUCGCCUCAAGCUGCUCACCGACAUCAACGUGCGCUCCAACUACCUCAGCGGCACCAUCCCUCCACGCUACCUGGCCCUGCCAUACCACAGCCUGGCGUCGAAUUACUUUGUGGGCGAGGUGUCGUACAAGGCCAGGAACGGCACCUCCAUCUGCCCUUCCGAGUCCGACGUUGAUAACAACUGCCUUCGCCUCAAGUGGUGGGACAAGAAGGCGUGUGGAAAGAAGCCGCCCCAGCGCAGCGCAAGCACCUGCUGGACCUUCUGCCGGGCGGCGAGUCGCCUGGGCACGUGCGGGCGGCGGGGGGCGUGUGUGCCGGCCAGCCUGCGAAAGAACGACAGCGCGGUGGUGUAUGCUGCAUGCCAGUGCCAGAAGGGUGCUGCUGCCACGGCUGACAACCAAUACUGCGUGAAAG